AACACGCCUGAUCUUCCACACACGCCCGAUCUUGAGCACCUUACAACCACCAUGCCAGAAGUUGGCAUCAUCGUCGUUGACGAUUCGAGCGACACAGAGUCAGUCGACAGCUGGUCCAGUUAUCGUCACAAACCAGCUCGAAGGGUCGCCCACCAGUCCUCGCAUAGCGAGAGCGAUAUUGCGGAAGACGUCGGGCGCAAGGACUACAACCUGCCUGUCGCUUCCCAUGUCGACACAUGCACCACCAGCAAACAACACCCUUCUCCCGCAUCGGUAUCUGCAAACGAUCCAUUGGGACCCUCGGAGCCUUGCACGAGUCUCUCGAGUGCUCGCAAUCCGGCAGAGUCACCCCGCGGACGAUGCAGAUCGCCUUUGAGCCCCUCCAAGCCCAUCGAGCGAGACAACGAGCCGUUGGCAACGUCGGUCCGUUCGGCAGACGCCUUGGAAAUUGACGUCGAUGAGAACACCUACGUUAUGGGAGAAGACGUGGACGACAGCAUGAGCGAUACGGAGAAGUGGGAGGCAUCAUUCAAUUCGCUAUAUCGAUAUGAGCGAAAGGGAGCUUCAGAAACAACUGGAAGUAACGACCUGGGCAUCAAUACUGGUGCAAGCGAAAACUCACGACGCCGGAACUUAGCCACAGAUCCACCAACUUGUACGUGCCCUACUCUCGGUUCUAUACGCAACCUACUGACAGAUAGUUGACCACAGUUCGUACCGACAUCGACCGCCC